AGCCAGCACCAACAUUGACGGUCUCAACCUUCGAGCCUGUACUUCAUCGCGAGUCCAACCGUCCACCCCAGGUCCGAAAAGAAAAUAAUAUCACCCGAUACCAAUCAGAUCAGCGACCUCUCGCGAUGGCGGACGCGGCGUUCAAGCCCGAGCGGGACUACUCGAAGGAGGCAGAUAAGCAAAUCCCCGAGGCCGAGCAACUCGCAAAGACAGACAUCAAUGCUGCAAUCGAGAAACUCGCGGUUCUCGAGAAGCAGGCGCGCCAGGCGUCCGACCUCGCAACCACAUCACGAGUGCUCAUCAGCAUCGUCACCAUCUGCAAAAACGCCGGCGACUGGAGCCUUCUCAACGACCAGACCCUCGUGCUCUCCAAGAAACAUGGCCAGCUCAAGCAGGCCAUCACCAAGAUGGUCCAGAUCAUCAUGGGGUUCCUCGACCAGACACCUAACAUGGAGACUAAGCUGUCCGUGAUUGAGACCCUCCGCACGGUCACCGAGGGCAAGAUCUUUGUCGAGGUCGAGCGGGCGCGGGUGACCAAGAUCCUCUCCGACAUCAAGAAGCAAAAAGGCGACCUCAGAGGUGCCACCGACACCCUUUGCGAGCUCCAGGUCGAGACAUUCGGGUCGAUGGACCGGCGCGAGAAGGUCGAGUUCAUCCUGGCGCAGGUGGAGCUCUGCAUCGAGAUUGGCGACUGGACACAGGCCGCCAUCCUCAGCCGCAAGAUCAGCACGAGGUACCUGGCCCGGAGACCCAAGAAGACACCGGAGCAGCUCGAAAAGGAAAAGAAGGAGCGGGAGAAGAAGGCAAAGCUGGAGGAGGAGGAGGCCAAGGAAGAGGACGACGUCACAGACCUCAAGUUGCGCUACUACAGGCAGCAGAUCCAGCUGGCUCAGCACGAUGCCAAGUACCUCGAUGUUUGCAAGCACUACAGACAAGUAAUGGACACUGAGAGCGUGGAGGAAGAUCCAGAGAAGCUGCGCUUCGUGCUGCAGAGGAUCAUCUACUUCAUCAUCCUCGCGCCGCAUGACAAUGAGCAGCAUGAUCUGCUGCACAGAAUCCACAAGGACGCGCGAAAUUCCAUGAUACCGGAAGACGCCGAGCUCCUAAAGCUGUUUACGGUCCACGAGCUCAUGCGCUGGCCCGAGGUUGCUCGGGUCUUCGGCCCCCACCUGCUGAGCACCGACGUCUUCGAUUCGGCCCCCGGCCAGUCGGCUGACGAGAAGGCCUUCGAGCGGUGGCAGGACCUGCGCAAGCGUGUCAUUGAGCACAACGUUCGCGUUGUGGCAAAGUACUACACGCGCAUCCAGAUGGGCCGUCUCACCCAGCUGCUCGACCUGACCGAGGAAGAGACAGAGAAGUACAUCAGCGAGCUGGUGACGGCCAAAACGGUCUACGCCAAGAUUGACCGGCCGGCUCGCAUCGUCAGCUUCGCCAAGCCGCGCGAUGCCGAUGACAUCCUCAACGAGUGGAGCUUCAAUAUGAAGAGCCUGUUGGGUCUACUAGAGAGGAUCGACCAUCUCAUCACCAAGGAGGAAAUGAUGGCCAGGAUUCAGCCCGGCGUCAAGUCCAAGAAGGGCAAAGAGGCCAAGCGGGCGCGCUGAACUGGCCCGCCGAUUCGGCUGCCUCCCAAGGCCGGGGACGGCAGCGUUCCCGGCGCGCGGGGGCCUCCCCUGGUCUGGUUGCAGUAAUACGGUCACGUGAACGACUGUACGAAUAGACACGAUUGGGAACAUCGGUGGGCUGAGUCAACCUUGAUCGGACAUUGACCAGCUAGUGAAUACUAGUACAAUCAGUCCCGGAUAUACAGCAGUUAACCCUGGACCC